GCUUUGCAGUAUGUCAUCAAGCCUCAAAGAGAAUAAACGCAAUGCUGGUUCAUCAGGUACCACAGAACAGAUCUGAAAGACACUGAGCAACACUGUUUCUCAGCUACAACACUGAUGGUUUAGCUCCUUCACAUUUCAGUGAGUUUAUCCACAACACAUCAGUAAUGGAGCAGCGUUUUUCCAUACUCCUGUUUUUCACAGGAUUCUUCCCUCUCGUCCUGCCUGUCCCUCGUAAGUACUAUCUAAUCCAGCAGGGGAAAACUUGGAGUGAUGCUCAGGCUUACUGCAGAGCCACACACACUGACCUGGCUGUCAUCCAAAGUAAUGAGAAUUUGAUCCAACUUCAGAAUGAAGCACACAGACAACAGUUUAGUUCCAGUGCUUGGGUUGGACUCUACAAUGACGUCAGCAGCUGGCGCUGGUCCAUGGGAAAUGAACCAGCGGGAACUAUACAAUGGAGUCCAGGUGAACCUGACAACUGGCAUGGACAUGAAGAGUGUGGUGCACUUACUCCCACCACUUUGGGGGAUGGUAACUGUAACGAAUUACAGUCCGUUGUGUGUUUUGAUGACUCUUACACUGGCAAUCAGAGGUACAUUUAUAUUCCUACUUUAAUGUCAUGGUACGAAGCUCAGGCUUAUUGUAGACUACAUCACACAGACAUGGCCAGCAUAAGAGAUGCGACUGAAGACUCAAUUGUGAGGGGACUGAUCUCUGACAUCACUUGGAUUGGUCUUUUCAGAGACUCCUGGAAAUGGAUAGACCAAACCAAUUUCUCUACGCUCAGCUGGAUGACUGGAAAACCUGAUAAUGCCCUGAAGAUAGAAAACUGUGGUUAUUUAAAUAACAGUCAGACUGCUGAUGCACUGUGCUCAGACAUAAUGCCUUCCUUCUGUUACACCAAAAUAAAUAUGAGACAACAAGUAGUAAGAGUGAAGGUACAGUCCAAUGAGGAUGUGAAUGAUCCUGCAGUGAAGGCGGCCAUCUUGGAGCAGAUCAACCAGAAACUGAAGGAUCGUUUUAGCACAGAGAUCAUCACAGUGAAAUGGCGCAAACAACCAGAUGGAGUUGUGUUUCACAUGGAGGAAAAAUAAAAAUAUGUGCUCUCUAAAUCUAUGUUAAUUUUAAUUGAUUUUAAAUAAUGUUAUCUGCUAGUGUUGGAGUUUCUGUUUAACUGUUAUAUGUAUAUUAGCAUAAUAUGAUGUUAAUUCUCUUUUAGUCAAUUAGAAAUGGAUAUUAACUGGUACCUAGUUUUAGAUUCUGUUACAAUUUAACAAAAAUGUAAACAGUUUUCAUAACACAUCUGGUUUUACCUUUGAAUUUCUCUUGAUAUCAUGAGUUAUAUUUAAUGUACCUCUGUACACUAUAAUGUGAGCUUUAAGGAGAAGCAGAGAUUCAAAACUAGUUUAUAUAAAAAUCUUGAAGUCUUUUGAAAACAUCUUCACUGUGAGAAUUUCUUUUCACCUCAUACAACAGUUUGUCUUUAUUUUAUUGUAGAGUUGUAUUAUACUAAUAUUGCUAUUUAUUAAUUUAUAUAAGGGUGUCUGCCAAAUAC